CGGCUAUCGUUGGGGGGGGGGGUCAUUCAGUCAAUUGAAGCGGAGGCACCGCCGGGUGAGGAUCUCGGGGCGCCCUUUCGUGCGGGAAGCGCGGGAGUCGAUUACCUAACGGGAGUCCCCCCGCAGAGGCGAGAGAAAGAGGAGGUGCUCCGAUGGCUUCACGCGUGAUAUCUGAUUUCUAAGUAAUUUUUGCAUCAACCUUGGAAGAAGCUGAGCCGGUACUUGCAGUUUACCAGCCCUGCAGUAAAAUGACGCGAGACGUGGGCCUGGAUGACGAGCUUCCAGACUGGGCUGGUGCCAAGGAAUUCUACCAGAAAUACGACCCCAAGGAUAUUAUUGGCAGAGGCGUAAGCAGUGUGGUCCGGCGAUGUAUACACAAGCAGACGGGCCAGGAGUAUGCAGUAAAAAUUAUUGAGGUAACCCCGGAGCGCAUGACCCCCCAGCAGCUGGAAGAAGUUCGCUUGUCCACCAGCAAAGAAAUUGCCAUCCUGCGCCAGGUCUCCGGUCACCCUUUCAUCAUUACUCUUAUAGAUUCCUACGAGACAUCCACCUUCAUGUUCCUAGUCUUUGAUUUGAUGAGGCGAGGUGAACUUUUUGACUACCUUACAGAGAAGGUAACCCUCAGUGAAAAGGAGACCAGAUGCGUCAUGCGAGCCCUCCUAGAGGCCGUGAGCUACCUUCAUGAGAAUAGCAUCAUCCAUCGAGACCUCAAACCGGAGAACAUCCUCAUGAACGAUGAUCUUAGCAUCAAACUCUCCGAUUUUGGCUUCUCCUGCCAUUUGGAGCCAGGGGAGAAACUGCGAGAGUUAUGCGGUACCCCAGGCUAUCUGGCACCAGAGAUACUGAAAUGUUCCAUGGAUGAGACUCAUCCUGGUUACGGGAAGGAGGUGGACCUCUGGGCCUGUGGCGUCAUCUUUUUCACCCUCCUGGCUGGCUCUCCCCCUUUCUGGCACCGCAAACAGAUGUUGAUGCUUCGGAUGAUCAUGGAAGGCCAGUAUCAGUUUGGUUCUCCAGAGUGGGAUGACCGAUCCGACACAGUCAAGGAUUUGAUCUCCCGACUGCUGAAGGUAGAUCCUGUCGAAAGGUUGAGUGCUGAGCAGGCAUUGCAGCACCCCUUUUUCCAGCGCUACGGAAAGGAGCAGCGACAUUUCAGCCCCUUCCAUAAAUUCAGGGUCAUUGCGUGGACGGUACGGGCUUCCAUCCGCAUCUACUCCAGCUAUCGGCGGGUGCGCCCGGUCACAAAGGAGCUGCUGCUGUGCGACCCCUAUGCCCUCAAGGGAGUGCGCAAGCUGAUCGACGCUUGUGCCUUCCGAAUCUACGGGCACUGGGUCAAGAAGGGCGAGCAACAGAACCGGGCUGCCCUCUUUGAAAACGUGCCAAAGGCCAUCCAGUUGGUCUUGUUAGGCACAGAAGGAGAGGAGGCCCCGUCGUCAGCGGUGGAAGAUCCUCUCAACUAGAGAAAAGCCUUCUAGUCCCCGUGAAACAGCACGGGUGAUCCCUGGAUGCUGAGGGGCAGGGGGUGUACACAGAACUGAACCUUAUCCUUGCCCCAUUAGGGGUGGACAGCCAAUGGUUAGAGUCGUCCUUUGGGUUCCUCGUGCAUGGAAGAGACUGACGUUCUAGGGAGCUGGAAUUUGGGGAACCUUGAAUUUUGGACUGAUGGGACAAGUUUCUCUGAUUAUACCAGGAAGGACCUGGGUAGGGCUAACAUCACACCAAUGGUGUUGGUCCAAAGGGAGGGGCUGGGGAGAGCAACAUGCUUCUGCUGCAAGACCCGGAGCCCGACAUAGCCCUUUGCACUGUAAGGACUGUUCAGGGGGUCUCAUCUGUCAGUGCAGUCCCUUCGGCUGAAGGAACAGUCCAUGUCUCUGGAUUUGGUCAGUACUGGAGAUCAGUUGUGGAAUCAGGUUUUGCAUCUGUCCUUUUUGCUGCAGUCAGGUAGUGGACGUGACCUUCCUGCUGAAUUGCUUCCCCCACCUUACGAUUGUCCAGAUUAUAAUAAAAGUUGAAAUGAGACCUCAGCUCUCUUCG